AUGCUCCAGCCGCAGGGCUGGAAGGUGAUCGACUCCAACACCUACGCCAGCGGCGGCGGCGGUGCGGACGCCGACCACAGCCGCCGAAGUGCGGAGUCCAGCACGCAGAGCUACAGCAGGUCUGACAGCCUGGGAGACGUCGACGACUCUUCCACCGCCUCCGGUACCACCGGCACCGCGGAAGACGGGUGGGACAAUGGACACGGUUCCGACGUCGAUGUGGAAGAGCCCUCCGGGGUGGGGGAAGAGAUCGGCGGUGGCGAGAGGUCUACGGCGGCGGUGACGGCGGCGGCGGCGGCAGCAACGGCGGCAGCGCCUUCAAAAGGGCGCUCUCUUCGCCGUCGGGUAUUGGGCAGCGCAAGGAUCCUCAACCAGCAGCGCGAAAGACGGGCCAGCAAGACAACGAGCAUCGGCAGGCGGAGGGGGUCGCACACGGCGGCGGGGGCGGCGGCAGAUGACGUCACCCCCUCCCUGGACCCGGGCGCCACAUCCCCAGACGGAAUCCCAGCACCUGCGAAGGACGCUACUGCGGAGGUCGGCGAGCUACCGGCAGACAAGCAUGAUUCCAGGUCUCGCUCCAAAUCGCAUCCUUGCAAAAGGACCUGCAGCUACAGGUUGCGACGUGGAGGGAAAGGUCGGCCGAAGAGUGACAGGAGGACCGCCAAUCGACCACCGGAAGUACACGUGAAGCAGCACGGGAGGGGUGGUGGCAAGGGCAAGGACUGGCAGUCGAUGCACAUGGUGCAAUGUCUCCGGUACCACGAGGGCCCGGUAUGGACGAUGAAGUUUAACGUGCGCGGAACACGAUUAGCAACCGGAGGUCAAGACGGGAAGGUCGUAAUCUGGGAUCUAGCUGUCCCUCCAGGCUCAACAGCAGCAGCGACAACAGAGGUUGUACGCGAUGGCAGCGAGGGUGCUUCCCCCCCGAUGGAGGGCGAUGGGGUGGACGCCAACACCAACGGUGGUGCCGACGCGCAGGAGAGUAGUUCGUCGGGCGUUGAGACCAGCUCUACCCUAGAGGGGGAAGGGUCAAGAGAGACGCUUCGCAAGACGGAGUCGAUGUCCUGUGCCUCGACCAUUCUCAGCGAUGACGGGGCAGCGUCGGUUGGGGAUGGUAGCUCGGACCUGGGCCUGAGUGGCAGCAGCGGGGAAAGGGGGGACAGUUGGUCGGGCUCCGAGGUGUUUGCUCCGACUCCCGUGCGGGUGUUCGAGGGGCACAAGAGCGACAUCGUCGACCUGAGCUGGAGCCACUCGGACUUCCUGUGCUCGGCCAGCAUUGACCACACCGUCAUGCUGUGGCACCCGAUCAGGGAGGAGCGCCUCGGAACGUUCACGCACCCUGACUUCGUGACUUCGGUACAUUUCCAUCCGCUCGACGAUCACAUAUUCUUGACUGGAUGCUUUGACAAGCGUCUGCGGCUGUGGAAGAUUCCGGAUGGCAGAGUCGUGGACUGGGUGCAAUGCCAGGACAUGGUGUCGGCAGCUAGCUUCUCGCCAGAUGGGAAGCUGGCUGCAGCGGGGCUGUUCAACGGCAGGGUCAUGUUCUACCACACCACCGACCUUCGCUACUACACCCAGAUCCACUGCCGGAAUCGCCACGGAUCCAAACGCAGAGGCAAGAAGGUGACCGGGCUCGAUUUCAUCGAGACCUCGCGGCUGCACCCCUGUGGGGAUGCGGCUGCCGGUUCGGCUGCAGCGGGAAACCAGGCUGGAGGGGCGGGGUGCCCAGUGGCUGCAGCAGUAGCAGCAGGAGGAGGGGACGGCGCUGCGGAGAACAGGCAGCAGCAACAGCAGCACUUGAGGGGGGGUAAGGCGGAUAGCAUGUCGUCCCAGUAUAGUCUGCUGACGACGACGAACGACUCACGGUUACGGGUGUACGACCUCGACAACUUCGCCAUGACGUCCAAGUUCAAGGGCCUCGUGAACGAUGGGAUACAGAUCAAGGCCAGCUUUAGCACGGACGGCAUGUUCGUGGUGUCCGGAUCGGAGGACGGCCAGGUGUACUUGUGGAACUCGAAGCAGCGUCGGCAACGAACAGCCCGUUCCGUUCCCAGCUGCAACGGCGGCGGUGGCCACGCCGCUGCUGGUGGCGUUGCUGCUGCAGUUCCUGGCCCUCCUCCCGCGUGUUCGGCUUCGAACACCGCGGCCACCGCGACGACCCCGGCGACACUCGUCAAGUCCAGAACGUCAUCGUCUUUCGAUGUGCAGUGCGCGACGCUGCCGCAGGUGGCCACCGCGGCGGCUUUCCUGCCGACCGCUGCUCUCGAAGCCGCGCGCCUAGCAGCAGCGGGUGGCGUAGAGCGCGACGACUCUGCCGCCGACGUCAAGCGAGGGACGAAGGGGUGGCGAGGGGGGGUGCACCACUCUCCACCAAUGCCAGCGGCUGCCCAUGCCACCGGUGAUGCCCAAGAGGGCGGCGAUGGAGGCGGUGGGCACCAUACCUCGCGACGAAGGUGGUCGUUCACCGGGCACGCGCGGUCUGUGGCAGCCGGGGCGGGAGCUGGGGCACAUCCCAAGACGUUGCCGCAGGCGACGACCGGCGGCGGCAAGGCGGAGAGCGCGGCAAUGCUUCCUCACGUAUCAGAACCUUGGAUUAACAAGAACGGUUCGCCAAGGGCCGUUAAUGCGGCUGAGGCAUCGAUGGCGCUAGGCAGCGAGAUCGCUGCCCAACAGCACGUGGGGAGUCCUGAAGCGACUCGAACUACCCCGGGACAAAGUUGUGGGGCGUUUCCUGGAGGGGAGGGAAUGGUGAAGGCUGUUGUGUCCGCAGAUUUCAAUGGGGAAAUAAAGAUUUUCCUUGGUGUCGUUGGAAGGUUAGAAGGAUGCGGGUGAUCUAGGUCCCAUCCGCGGGUAUGUAGUAUUUGACCAUGUUUAUGGCGGUGUUGGAGGGUUUGCUCUUGGGCGUUUGCGUGUUUUGGACUCGAAGGUAGGCCAGGAGCAUCGUCGCGUGUUGCAAGCGGUGCUGUCUGCGCAAGUAUCGAAGAUGUGUAGUAUUGUUUCUGUUGUCGAUGCACGCGGGUGUUGGCGGUGUACGGCCUCCUGGGCCUGCGAUGUUUCCACACAUCGGUUCCCUUACUGUUCGUCUAAACCGGCAAUGUAAAGUACAUGAGUAUGCAUGUUGGCGAUCUUGUCUUGUCUGAAUGUACCAGGGGGGAGUGUUCCGUGGUUGCCGCCUGAAAGGUAGCAAGUGCACCCAAGCACGCAAGGUGUGGUGAUAUAGAUCUGUUGUGUAAAUUGCAUCUGUGUCCCGCGCGAGCCAAUUUUCUUCGAUAAACAAGGAACACCGAUCGACCGGAAUCUCGCUCAGCUUUCUUGGGGUCGCCCGCCGUGCUUGGGUUGCCUGGCGGCAUGUUUAUUAUUCAUGGCCAAACCUGCAGCAGCGUGCCCCUACUCGUUGCGCAGGUACUUACAAUAUGCUCCACAAGGCUUGUGUUCUUUCGUGGUUUGCCAGUGCGAAGAUAACAUUAUCCUGGCUUCAGUUUUGUGCGUGUGAUGGUGGGUGUACAUGGUCGCGGUUGCCCUCCGUGAUAGAGGUUUUGUAGAAAGGAAGCGUUGUGGCACCGCCACCGCGUCUUGAUAGUAUUGUGCGGGAGCGAGAAUUUUGACGCCUACAGUACGCCGCGCAAGGAGAGCUAGCGUGUUGUUCUGCUUAUUUUUCUAUGUUUGUGUGUACAUACACCUUCUGUGUUUUUUGGAGCGGAGAGACUUCGAAUCCGGUCCCACCGCCUUGCUGUCCCGCUAUUUCGUGUGCGUCUUUUGGUAGGUAAAAUUUAAGUUGUAGAUUGUCUACUUGUAGAACGGAACGGAGCAGGUGUCGUGUUGUAGCGCGUCGCUGUGCUUGUGUCAUGUUCCCCUUCGGGCCCUUCGGGAUAUUGAUGAUGUUAGUUGUAGUUUCUAACAGCGACAGCAGCUUGUUGUUCGUGCCUCUUGUCGGUCCGGUCUUCAGUAUUUUUUCGAAUAUCUGUCUCUGUUGGUUGUGUGUGUCCGGUUGAUAUGUGUGUGUGUUCCAUAACGGGUACUUCCAAAGU